UCUCAACACCACGCUUAAAAUCCUCCGUACUUUGUUAAAACAAAAACACCAAAACCCACUCUCUCACUCACUUUCCUUAAUUAAAACCAUAAAUUCCCACUCUCUCUCUCUCAAUGUCUUCCAAAUCCAUCAAUAUCUUCAUCUUCAUCUUAUUUCUACUCAGAUUAGCAUCUUCUGAUCGAACCUCAGACUGCUCCAACCGUUGGAUCUACAUCAGACCGUUACCAUCACGUUUCAAUUUUGAUCUCCUCUCAAACUGCUCUGCGUACCCUCUGUUUGACGAUUUCUGUUCUUAUUUACCCAAUCACGGCCUCGGACCCAAAACCCAUAACCAUUCUCUCAGCUGGUACCGCACUGACCCAAUCUUGCUUGAACAAUUUUUUCACCGGAGAAUUCUUGAAUACCCUUGUUUAACUCAAGAUCCCACUCUUGCCAACGCCAUUUACCUCCCUUAUUAUACUGCCCUUGACGCUUUAAAGUACUUGUACGGACCCGAAGUCAACUCCAGCAAUCAACACGGUCUUGAAUUAUACAAUUUCUUACGCAAGGACGUUCCUCAUAUAUGGGAUCGCCACGCCGGUCACGAUCAUUUCUUGGUAAUAGCAAGACCCGCCUGGGAUUUUUCACAACCUUUUACUAAUGAUCCUCCCGUUUGGGGAACUUCGUUUCUUGAACUCGCUGAGUUUUAUAAUGUAACGACUUUGAUUCCUGAGGGACGAGCUUGGGGUUGGCAGGAACAAGCGGUGCCUUAUCCCACCAGUUAUCAUCCAUCAAACUCCGUCGUUUUGGGGUCGUGGUUGAAACGCGUGAGAAAUUCAAGAAGAAAUAGUUUAAUGUUGUUUGCCGGAGGAGGAGGCGUUGCUGCGACUCCAAAUAUUAGGAGAAGUAUCAGAAAUGAAUGUGAAGAUAAUAGUACCGAGAUUUCUGGAGGGUAUUUUAGUAAAGUUUGUGAGAUUGUUGAUUGUUCAAAUGGGAUUUGUGAGCACGAUCCGAUUAAGUAUAUUAAGCCAAUGUUGCAAGCCAAUUUCUGUUUGCAGCCUCCGGGGGAUACGCCGACAAGGAGGUCAACAUUUGAUGGGAUUCUUGCUGGUUGCAUACCCGUUUUCUUUGAAGAACAAUCUGCCAAAUCACAGUACGACUGGCAUUUACCUCAACAUAUUUAUGACGAAUUUUCAGUGUUUAUUCCGAAGGAGGAUGUUGUGUUUAAAGGGUUGAAAAUUGUUGAUGUGUUGAUGAGUAUGCCAAAAUAUAAGGUGAGGAGAAUGAGGGAGAAAGUUAUUGAAUUGAUACCAAGAAUUAUUUAUAGAAGACAUGAUAGUACUCUUCCUAUGAAGAACAUCAAGGAUGCUGUUGAUAUUGCAAUUGAGGGUACUUUACACAGGAUCCAAUCUAGGCUCAAAUCAGUGUCAGUUCAAUGACCUCACUUCUUUCUAUUGUAGAACAUUAUUCAUUAUUCGUCUUUUUUGUUUACUACUUUGUACUUUAUAUUGUAUUGUUUCCCGCAAACACGUCUGAGGAAACACAGUACUUGUAUUGUAUCUUAAUUCGUAAGUUAUAACAAUACAUGUUUAUGA